CCAAGUGGCAGCCCCCAAACCGAUUGGCGGCAACACAAAUUCCUUUAUUCAUAUAAUUUCAACCACCUGAUACAAAACUUGUUUAAUUGUUUGAUUUAUCAACUAAAUAAAGCCUUUGUUUAUAUGUAUCUUGGGCACUCGCUUACUGCUUCACCGGCUCAUGCAUUUGCCAGACUUUCACGCGCUGUGUAACGCACAAAUGUGAUUCAAUGGAAAACAACGCAUUUAUUAAGCGGCGUUCCUUGACGCUCAGCACGCGUCUCCUGCAGAAAAGGCACAGUGCUUCGCCCCAGAGCUGCGGGCGUCCUGGAAGCGGACACGAUGUGAGCGUCGCCUUGGGCUCUCCUGGCUCGCCCAACACCUCUGCAAUCGGAGGAUUCUCCUCCGACGUGGAAAGCACUCCGCCACACAAGCACAGGCCCAGCCUGGAUGACAGUGUGGACUUCUCGCCCCGCCUGGACGUUAGCCUCUCGCCCAACUGCCUCUUCUCGCAGACACUGGCCACCGAUAGUCCGGAGGUGGGUUGGCGGUGGAACCGGAGCAGCAGCAACGCCACCACGGACAGUGGCUUCGACUCCGCCGAAAUGGGCAGCUUGAGCCAACGGGAACGACGCCGGCAGAUCGCCUUCAAGGGCGUCGAGGAUCGGCGCAGCCAGCUGGACAACGAGCAGUGGCGGGCGCAGCAGAUGCGGGCCAAUGUUCUCCUCAAGGAACGGUGCGCCAGGCUCAACAGCCAACUGGACCAGAUAGCCGUGUCGGAGCCACUGCAAACGCCAAAGUUACCGCCACCUGUAGCUGCCCGCACGAGAUCCGCCUGCAAGAAGGCUUCGCAAGAGCCAGUGCUUCCUCCGCCGGCUGCCGCCGAUCCUAUGGCCGACUUCCUCAACGACUCAGAGACGGAUCUUUUCCUGCUGGAGGCCUCCCAGCAACUGGAGUCAAAAACAGAAUCCCGGAAGCCAGCCAAAUCCAGUACCACACCCACCAGUCAUCACAACGCGAAGCGAAGCUCUUUUCUCAACGACUCGGAGGCGGAUAUCUUCCUCCUCGAGGCUUCCCAGCAACUGGAGUCCAAAAUAGAACCCCAGAAGCCACCCAAACCGAGCACCACACCCACCAGCCAUCACAACGCCAAGCGACCCUCCUUCUACAUGAAGUUUCUGGAAGACGAGAGCGAGGGCGACGAGGACUGGCUGAGCGCUCUAGAAGAGGCCGUGCAGCAGGCCACGAUGCCCAAAAAGCCGCGCACCUCGCUGCAGCGCUACAAGUCAAUGCCCACCACAGGAGGUUCCGCCAGCGGAGUGUCCACCCUGACCAAUGUGAUGGCCGGCAAGGGUUCCAACGCCUGCACAAGUUCCUCCUCCUCUUCAGGGUCCGAUUUGAAGAAUACUCCCAGGAUAAAACGCCAUGCCAGCUCACAUGCUCUUUCCCCAGCCACUUCCCAUGCGCGCGGCAAACUCUUUGGCAGCCGGAAAUGAAACCCGAUAAGGUAGCCCGCCCUCCGAACAUCAGCUUCCCCUCAGCGAAUACCAAUUGUGAUGAGCAAAGUUAGAUUUAAGCAUUAUCGUUUUGUGCCGCUUGCGUUGGCCCUUGCCUUGACCAUUCUGUAUACGAGUACGCUAAUUGAUUCAUGCAGCUGCUAAGCGUCGUUGUAAAUGUAAAUUUAAGGCUAAUUAAAAAUUAAUUGUAAUUUAAA